AUGUAUAUUCACCCUGUAGUACUAAAAAUAUAUUGGGAACAGUUAAUACAAAACUCGAAUAUUACCAUUGCAGUCAAUGGAAAAUAUGUUCCCAAAGAACUGAAUUCAAUCUGUAGUGACAAUGAACAACCAAGGCUUCACCUUAUCAUUCAAUCGCAUCAUGAACAAGAUUCGAAUCAACUCGAAGACGUAUGUUCUCAAAUUUAUCUGGACCUUGUCAAAUUUCAAUAUCACGAUCUACCUCAUUUUGACCAUAACUUUCGUCAAAUGCUGGUCUAUGGCUCUUUGUAUAACUCUCUUCCUGAUGAAACGUUUGAAAUCGAUCGUUAUUUACUUGGUCAACGUAACAGUCACAUCAAAAGAAUAAGACAUACACUAGAAUGUGCGAUCGAUGUGGAAAGAUUAUCAUCGUAUCGAUACCGUUUUACUAUUAGACAUGAAAAACAAAGUAUUAUGAAUCUCGCUGCUAUUCAAAUUCAAGCACUUGUACGACAAGCUCAAGAUCAAUAUAUAAUCGCAUUUGCUACAAGUAUUGGCCGAAGUUUGAGCGGCUCUUCAGAACGCUCAGACGUCAUGGAAACUUCGUCAUCGAAUGCAUACGAUUUUCCGUCAUUUACGCCAUUUCAGUCGAUGAACAAACGAAGACGAGAAGAUGAUGUAGAACAAACAACGACUAAUAGUAAAACUUCAAUAAUUACAGUAUCAGAUCAAAGUGACGACGAAUCGACCACGAGUGAAACACGGUAUGAUGAUGAUGAUAAUAAUGGAGGUUUGGAUUCAAAUUCGACUUUAAACACGUCUCCAGUAUUGGAUGCUUCUGAUCAUCAUACAUCUGAUGUACAUCCAUUCGUAGAUCAGUUCUGUGUGUUAAAGUUGGAACGACGUCGUGAGGAUAUGGAACAUCUUCUUGAUCGUAUAUGUAAACGAAUGCGAGAUCGUACACCUAAAGACGAUGUGGCAAAAGCACGUGAAGAUUCUAGUCAAAUCAAAUCAUAUUUUCGUAAUCCAAACACGUCAAAACACGGUUCGAUUGAACCAGAAUCCGCCUUGGAAUUAGUCGAACAUGAAAUCGAUCUACGCACACGUAAUAUGUCAAAUCAUAAAUGUACGUUAGUCUUUAACAAACAAUUAAAAAUGGGUGCUGGUGUAUGCGAUCGAUUAAAACGAACAGCUAAGGUUCUUGCCUACAAGCAACUGAUGACUAUGACAAGAGAUACUCCAAGAGAAUACUUAAAAGUAAAACCAACGAAAGAUGGAUUUUGGAAAGCCAUUAUCGAUUCUAGCCAAAGUCAAUAA